UAAAUCUUCUAAAGCUGCAGAUUUCCUCCACUGACUAAAUUAAAGAUUUUUAUGUUUACCUUUUUAGAUUUAUGAAACUAUCUGCAGGUGUUUUGAGACUUUUGCGGUAUUUUCGCGUCUUGAAUUCUGCAGGCGUGUGUAGGGUGUACUACGGCUGACCACUAGCGCUCCUCAUCCCGCACAAGGGAGUGACACACAAACACAAUGGGAGGACAGAGGCAGCAUUGAUAACGCCGCUGUACAGCUGUGCCUUUAAACCAGUCUACUACCGAAGCGGCACUAAUGUGGAGCUGGUAUUUUAAGUGCAGGCCGGUGAUGCAGUGAGGAUCGAUUGGCACUGUGAUAAAUGCAUGUGAAUCUGCAGUAGGGCAUUAGUAGGGUAUUGUCUUGAAGAUUUCAGAUCUGUCCUUACAAUGGAUUUCCCUUUCGAUCUGAAUGCGCUUUUCCCCGAGAGAAUUUCAGUGCUGGAUAACAACUUGAGUGCUGGUCGGAAAGCGCAUGGGAGACCAGAUCCUGUUCUUCAGAUCAGCACAGUUAUAGAUGAGCUGGGCAAAGCCUCGUCUAAGGCCCAGCAGCUGCCUGCUCCUAUAACCAGUGCUGCAAAGCUCCAGGCUAACAGACACCAUCUCUACCUCCUGAAAGACGGAGAACAGAACGGUGGGAGGGGUGUUAUUGUUGGAUUUCUGAAGGUUGGCUACAAGAAGCUGUUUUUACUUGACCAACGGGGGGCGCAUUUGGAGACCGAGCCAUUGUGUGUGCUGGAUUUCUAUGUGACAGAGACACUGCAGAGACAUGGCUACGGCCUUGAACUCUUUGACUUUAUGCUGAAACACAAACGGGUGCAGCCUGAACAGAUGGCGUACGAUAGACCAUCUCCUAAAUUCCUGUCAUUUCUAGAAAAGCACUAUGAUCUCAAGAACAGCGUGCCUCAGGUGAAUAACUUUGUGGUUUUCACUGGCUUCUUCCACACUAGAUCAGCGGUCCAAUUGAGAAAAGUUCCCCCAAAAAAGCCAGAGGGAGAGAUCAAACCGUAUUCACUAAUGGAAAGAGAAGUGGUGCGGGAGGAGCAGAGGGCUCUCCCCUGGCCGUUCGUUCGCCCCGCGGGUCCCCCCCACUCUCCCCCUCUGCUUCCGUCAUCUCCGCAGUCCCGUUCGCUCAGUGUGGGAUCCUCCCCCAGCCGGGCCCCGCUCCGCCCCGCCGCGGCCCCCGGGCUCCAGCAGGGUCAGACCCCCUCCUCCCAGCUCAACGACAGCUGCAGGGCAAAACGCACCAGCCAUCAGGGUCUGGUUGCCAGGAGCAACCUCUACAGUCGCCAUAUCAACAGCCGAGACCUCGGGCAAUUAUUGGCGGAACAGGAGAACCCCUUGAAGCUUCCAGGGCUGAAAGCAGAGCUUUGUGAGAGAGUGUGUGACACAGGGGCAAACGCAGAUGCAGUGGAACACAAACACACUUCAGAAAGACCGCAUCCUCAAGGCCAGGUUGUGUCUCUUCCGACACUUGCCGCCCCCAAGAAAGAGCAUCUACAGGAGCAGGCCUCCAUAACAUCCCUGGAACGCAAAGAAGAGCUGCAGGCCAAAGUGUCACAAAACAGAGCAGAGGACUUGAGGAAAGGUGGAGUGGCUGGGAUCGAUAGGGGCGGAGGGAGAGGCGGAUGGUCUUGGACGGUUGGGGAAAGCCGCUAUACAGCCCAGUGGGUCCGACAGAAACAAGAGUACCGCAGCACACGGCCUUGGUGAUGGAAGAUGUUAAAGGAGCAGUUCAUCCAAAAAUAAAACUCUCAAGCCAUCCUAGAUGUAUAUGACUUUCUUCUUUCAGACGAAUCCAAUCUGAGU